AUGGGUCCGUUUUCUGCAUUAACCCCUACCUUCAUCGUUAAAGGAGUACGAAAUCGAUACCACGAGAAACCUCCUGAUGGCGAGAAGGUCAAGUCAGGGCUCAGAACACCGAAGCCGCCUUUAAGUUGGCCUGGAAUACGAGAUAGAGAAGGCAAUAGCUCAUCAGCUGAAACGCCUUCUGGUUGGACGGCUGCUGUCUAUUCAGAUCACAAGAGUUGCAGCGAGGUUGGAAGAUUGAUUCUACUGCGAGGUGGUAAUGCAGUUGAUGCGGCUAUUUCAACAAUCUUCUGUCUAUCAGCCGCUCUACCUCAUAGAGGAGGACUCGGUGGUGGAUUUAUGGCUACAAUCUACAGUGACUCAUCCUGUACUACCUUAAACUCUAGGUGGCCCUGGCUGUUUUCCCAGUCCUCACGGGACCGAAAGCAGUCGCCGUUCCUGGAUUUCUCAGCGGACUCUAUAGAGCUUUUGAGGGUUUUGCGUCAAAGCGCCUGA